AUGGAUGUUCCAUCGGAAAAGGAGGAAGUAAAUUUAGAAGAUAGUCAAUUGAGAAAAAUGGGAAAAUCAGUGGAUGAAAAAGAGUCGACAAUACAGAAAUCAAAUUCUUUUAGAAAUAUGUUCAAACAGUUGGCUUGGAAAAGUUUAGAUAAUUCUAGACGACAAAAAGGCAUACUAACUGGUGAUUAUUCAGAACCACUUUGGACAGUUGUUCUUGCCAAGAAAGAGACAAACAAUACAAUGAAGGCUGAGGACAAUGAUUCAAUCUCAGCAUUGGGUUUUUAUCGAUCAAUUGAAAGUCAACCAGAACAACAACCAUGGGGUAAGAAAGCAAUUCCUAUGGUUAGUGAUUUGGUGUUACGUACAAUGGCUCAGAAACGUACCUUAACUUCAUUGUCGUCUAGUCUAGCCAGUUGGACAUUAACAGAUCAAGAAUUGAAAAUGCAUGUCUAUAGAAAAGCAUUACAAGCCUUAGCCUAUCCAAUAUCAAGUAAUACACCGCAUAAUUUUCAACUGUUUAGCGCAACUAGUCCAACUUAUUGUUAUGAAUGUGAAGGUCUUCUAUGGGGUGUAGCUAGACAAGGUUUACGAUGUACAGAAUGCGGUGUAAAAUGUCAUGAUAAAUGUAAACGUUUACUCAAUGCAGACUGUUUACAAAGAGCUGCUGAGAAAUCUUUACGUCAUGGUGCUGUCGAUAAAGCUCAAGCUGCAAUGGAAGCAAUUCAUGCCUUAAUUCAACGACGUAUAACUGAAAGAUCAGAUAUAUUUGAAUUUUUAGCAAAUGUUUUUCAAAUUGAUGUUCAUUCUAAUAUACACUUGAAUGCUUUAGAAUUUGCUCAAAAAAGUAUUGUAGCCGGUGCUAGUCAAUGGUCAGCUAAAAUUGCUAUAACAGUUAAAUCUGCACAAGGUUUAAUUGGUAAAGAUAAAACUGGACGAAGUGAUCCCUAUGUGACAGUACAAGUGGGUAAAGUUCGUAAACGUACAAAAACUGUUCUACAAGAAUUAAAUCCAACAUGGGAUGAAAAAUUUCUUUUUGAAUGUGACAAUGCCUCGGAACGAAUUAAGCUUCGUGUUUGGGAUGAAGACAAUGAUUUGAAAUCGAAAAUCAGACAGAAAUUUACAAGAGAAUCAGAUGAUUUCCUUGGACAGACAAUUAUUGAAGUACGAACAUUGAGUGGUGAAAUGGAUGUCUGGUAUAAUCUUGAAAAACGAACAGACAAAUCAGCAGUCUCUGGAGCAAUCCGUCUACAAAUAUCUGUUGAGAUAAAAGGUGAAGAGCAGAUGGCAUCAUUUCAUGUACAAUACACAGCAUUACAUGGUAGUAUAUUUUGUCAUCUAUGCAAAGAAAAUGAGCCAGUGUUCUUACCUGAUAGAACAAGUAUCACAAAUUUACAAACCAGUGGUAGUGAAGCAUGGAGAGUAUACUUCAAUCCAUUAGGGCAGGAGAUUGUUGAUGAAUUUGCUAUUCGUUAUGGAAUUGAGCCAAUAUUUCAGGCUAUGACACACUUUGCAUGUUUAACCGCAAAGUAUAAUUGUCCUGGUGUACCUGCUCAAUUGUCUGUUCUUUUGGCUAAUAUUAAUGCCUUUUAUGCGCAUACAACUUCAUCGAAUAGUCAAACAGCUAGUGAACGUUUCAGUGCAAGCAAUUUUGGUCGAGAGAAAUUUAUUAAAUUGUUGGACAGUUUAUACAUUGCUAUAAGAAUUGAUCUAUCCAAAUAUCGAACUGUAUUUCCUGCAUCUCAACCAGAAAGAUUGAUUGAUUUAAAAUCAACUGUAGAUCUACUCACCAGUAUCACAUUUUUUCGCCUUAAAGUUCAAGAACUCAGUUCUCCUCCAAGAACAGGUCAAAUACUACGUGAAUGUAUUGAAGCCUGUAUACAUGCAACUUAUCAGUGCCUUUGUGAAAAUGUACAUGAUUUAUAUGGGAAAAGCUUACAGGCAACCAAUAUAGAAUCGGGAACACCAGAAACUGGACCAACUGACAAUACAAGUGGUGGUGUCGGUGUUGGACAAUCACUUAAUGGUGAGCUGGAUCAGAUGGAUGGUAUGCGAUCUUUGACCUAUUGGCACCGACUAAUCACCCUUGUUGUCUCUGUACUCGAAGAUGAUCGAAAACACUACGCUCCAGUAUUAAAUCAAUUUCCUCAUGAGAUCAAUUUAGGCGAUAUGUCAGCUGAAAUGGUAUGGAAGUGUUUAUCUGAAGAUUUAGCCAAUGGUUUAGCUCAGCAUACAGUCAUAGCUAAAUACUACUAUAAUAAUAAUGAAGAGGACAAAUUACCUCAGAUGGAUAAACUACGAAAUGGAAAACAGAAUGGGAAAAAUGAAAUUGGCCUAAAAAGUGGAAUGCAUAAAAUUAAGUCAUCUGAUUAUAUGAAUCUUUGUUUUCGGGUAAAAUGGUUCUAUAAUACCUACAUAGCACCGCUAGCAAGGUUUAAAAAUGUUGUCCCACAAUAUCCACGUUGGUUCGAAGGUCUUGUAUUAAUUUGGUUAUCUGAGAAUGAUGAAGUAUCAGCUAAUUAUCUUCGCAAUGCAUAUGAUCGUGAUAAACAAGAUGGUUUCCAAUGUUCCAGUGAACAUGUAUUAUACUCAAACUCGGUUGUUGAUGUAUUCACUCAACUGAAUCAAUGUUUUGAUGUUAUUCGUAAACUUGAAUGCCCAGACAAAGAGGUGGAAGGACACUUUCUACAUAGAUUUUCACUGACUGUAGAAAAAGUUCUACUAGCCUAUGCAGAUCGUGUUUUAGCUGACUUUCCAAUGUAUAAAUCUGAUCAACGUGUUGCCUGUAUCCUAGUGAACAAUACACAACAACUUCGAGUUCAACUGGAAAAAGUUUAUGAGAAUAUGGCACGUGAAAGUCUUGAAACAAACACAAGAGAUCGUUUAAGUGCACUUCAAGGUCGGUUGAAUGAAGUUGUCGACAAGUUGGCUAUUCAAUUAACAGAUCAAUUUGAAGUCGGCGUACGUUCACAUGCACGUGAGUGUGGUAAACUAUUACAAAAGUGUAAACCAUCAUCAAGUGGUUCAGACAAUGCAAGUGGUCGUGGAAUUAGCAAAGAAGAUGAAGCCAAUGAGUGUUUACAACCAUUAAUGGAUCAUUUUGAGUCAAUUCUAUCAGUACUUGCAAAUAUCUGUGAUAAAACUGUACUGAAAAGGGUGUUAAAGCAACUAUGGAGAGUGACCAUGUAUAAUUUGGAGAAACUUGUUGUACUACCUGCUGUUACAGAUCAGAAACAAUUAGCUAUGGGAUUGAUAUUAAGUGGAAAUACAUCAGCAAAAUUAAUUGGAGGUGCACAAAGUCUACUCAGUCAUGUUGGUGGUCAAGUUGUACCAGGGAAAAUAUUAUCAGAUACAACACGUGAACCUGAAAAAGGACUUACACCUUAUCAAUGUGAAUUACUUGGUAUGUGUUUGAAUACAAUCAGAGUAUACUUUCAUGCUGGUGGUCGUGGAUUGAAACGAUCAUUCCUUGAACGAAGUCCUGAAUUGCAUAGUCUACGUCAAGUUUUAGCUCUUUAUUCACAAGCAACAGAUGAAUUAUUAAGAGAUUUUGUAGCAACACAAACUUCACAAGAUUAUUUAGCCAAUGAAGAACCAGUUGGACAUUUAACUUUACAAGUAGAAAUAUUUAAGCAUCCUGGUACCGGUGAAUAUAAAGUCAAUGUGAAAAUUCACACAGCCUCUGAUUUGAACUGGUCUCUUGCUUCAGGAAUGUUUAGACCAUUUGUAGAAGUUUUCAUGUUUGGCCCAUUAUUAUCUGAUCGUAAACGAAAAGCGGCAACAAAAUCGAAAUCAGUUACUACAAUGCCUGCCUAUCAUGAGACAUUUGUAUUUUUCCUAUCAAAUCAAAGUGAUCCAGAAUGGUAUGAAUUACAUUUAGCUGUGAAAGAUUAUUGUUUUGGUAGAACAGAUCGUCUUGUCGGUGUAACUGUUCUAUCAUUAUCUAGAGCAUUAAAUCUUGGUGCAACACCAAUUCGACUACCAUUAGGUCGACGUUUACACUUUACAGAAACAGGUUGGACAGUAUUACGUGUUCUUUCACAACGUGUUAACACAGAUGAAGUGGCUAGAGAGUUUGUUCGUGCCAAAUCAGAAUAUCGUGCACCAUCUGAGAAUGAUAAUAUUUCAAUACAACAUACUGAUGAGUAG